AUGACUCGAGGACUUCCAAGGAGUAUCAAUAACAUCACAUUCUUCAACGGGGCAUUUAAAGAUGUGGAAAGUGUGACAUUAUUUUUCGACUGCUUGGGCUCCCACUUUACCUGGCUGCAGGCCAUCUUCACUAACUUCCCAGCCUUGCUCCAUUUUGUGAACAAGUUGAAAUGUGUGACUGGCCUCUGCCCCAAGGACUUUGAAGAUUAUGGCUGCUCCUGCCGGUUUGAGAUGGAGGGGGAACCUAUGGAUGAUGCUGACAAUUGUUGUUUCCAGCACCGAAAAUGUUACGAGGAUGCAGCUGAAGUGGAAUGCGCCCAAGACCUAACCAAAGUCUCCAUUGAUAUCACUUGUGACAACCAGAAUAUCACCUGUGAGUCCAAGGAUCCUUGUGAGCAUCUUCUUUGUAACUGUGAUAAAACUGCCAUUGAAUGCUUUCUUCAUUCUCACAUCAACUCUUCUCUGAAUGGUCUUGACAUUGCUUUCUGCAUGCCCACGGCCACAGAUAUGAACAGCAAGGAAGAGAUCAUGACCCUUCCAACCAACCUCAUUCCUAAAUUGCCUACAGAUGUCAUCUUGAAGGAUUCUUCUGUGGAAGCUGUUGUCAGAGUCCACGAAGGCACAAUAAGCCCAGAGAAUUUAGUACCGCUAGGACCGGUGCUGCCCGUUACCAUGGAAGGAGGAGCAAAUGCCAUGUCUGCCCUUAAAUCUGGGGACUCCCAGGCUCAAGCUUUGGAACCCACCCCUAAGGAGACUGGAGGGAAAGAUUGUGAAAGAUUAACCUUCGUGCAAAUGGGAGACAGUGGAGAAGUCAAGCAGGAAAUGCCCCAGAUCGGAGAAAUGCUCUUUUGUCUGACAGCUCGGUGUCCAGAGGACUUUGAAUCUUAUGGUUGUUAUUGUGGUCAAGAAGGAAGGGGAGAUCCUGCUGAUCCUUUGGACAGGUGUUGUUUUUCACAUCAUUGUUGCUUGGAACAAGUGAAGAAAUUUGGCUGUGGGUUAAAGAGGAGUUCAAGGACUGAAGUGACAUGUGAAGAUCACAAAACAAAAUGUAGAGGGCAGAAUUUCUGUGAGCAGCUUCUCUGCUCCUGCGAUCAGAGCGCUGCCGAGUGUAUGGCUGCUGCAUCGUUCAAUGAAAGUUUCAGAUUCUGGAGCAGAUCCAGAUGUCAGGAGAAUGGAAUGCUGUGUGAAGACAUUAGCCAUGAAUGGCCUUUGGCUCCCACAGGUUUAGGGAGCAGGAGCUCAAAUUCUGACGAGAAGAGCAGUGAAGAAUCUGUGGCUUCCUUUGGGGGAGGUUUCAGAAGAAAGAAAAGAUCUUUGGGGAAGCCAUUUGUCUCUACCGGUUCCAGGUAUGAUGGGAGAAUUGAUUGGGAAAAUAAAGUCCCUUGA